AUGGCAUGUUAUCGUGCCGAGUUCGAAUCGAACGCGGAAGAAUUACUCAACUGGUUAGAGAACAGUGCGGAAGCACUCGAGCUGAUUACCAUGGAAAAGCAUCGAGCCCUGGAGGUGACAAAUCAAGCCAAAGCAGCCGGACGAAAAGUAUCCGCCUCAGUGGAUGGUCGUGUGGAGAGUGCGGUAGAAGUGACAGAUCGUGUGGCCAAGGAAGCAGUUGAAUGGCGUGAAACAAUGAACCGAGUGUUGACAAUGGGGAAACGAUAUCACGACGAAUUGCAACAAGGGGAAAGUGUGGAGGAACUGGAUCAAUUGUUUGAAGAAGUCGAAGAGCGGUGGGGCUAUUUGGACACAUUGUUAGAGGAAGCCAAACGUCAAGUUCGCGUGGCUAACCGGAGUGCGGAAUUUCAACAGGAAGCGGCGAAAAUUCAAGAGCUCUUGACCAAAUCGCAAGAGAAAGAUUCCGAAUCUUCCCCGAAAGAUCUGGAAUCCGAGUCAGCGAUCAAAGUUGUCCCCGCGGCCACAUUGGCUGCACCUAAAAAGAACUAUCCAGAAGAUACUUCUGAAUUAGCCGACCUCAAUCGAAUCAUGGAACAGUUCAAUAAUCAACUGGUCACCAUAGAGGAUGAAAUCAGCGGGCCGGUCGCGUUCAGCAAUCCGGAUGAUCUUGACGAUCAAAUGACUAAAAUCACGAACAUUAUCCGUGAUGUGCAAGACGAGGAAAACAAAUUUCUCGCUAUUGUGAAACGCACCACCAAUUUGGUACGCAAUCCGACCUACGUGAGUCGAAUCGAAAAAACCCAAGCCCGACUGGACACCGUUCGGAUGAGACUGAAAAAACGUCUACGCCUUUUGGAAGAUUUGAACAAUCAACUGGAGUUUUUCAUGACGAUCGCAUUGCCUGUUUUCCUUCACUUUCAUCUACGCACCAAUUCCCGUCUGCAGAAUCAGUUCGAGGGAAUCGAAAAAUGGCUAUCCGAUAUGCGUGAUUAUUUGGAUUCCGUGUCUCAAGCACAUCUACCCUCGAAAACGGUGAUCAAAGCUCAGUUACAGGAGAGCUGCGAGGCACUGAAGGACAUGGAUAAGCUAGAACCGGCUUUGCUCAAAGUGGACGAGGUAGCCUGUCAUUUGGCUGAGUACUGCACACCGGAAUACAAAAAAGUUCUCACAGAAAGGCUGGAUGGACUACGCGUUAAUUGGUCCCAAGUACGAGAAUUGACCAAAGCGAAUCGGGAUCAGCUGGAACAGUGGCUUGCAGAGAAAACUGCCGCUCAGGGCUCAGCAGAUUCGAAUGUGGAUGGCAGUCAACGUGGAUCCAGUGCGGAUAUUCGUACCCCGCAAUCGACCAGUCUACCCGAUAUGCCUGCGGCUGUGAGCAGCAGCAGCAAUGCCGCGGGUCGAGCAACAGCGGUGAAUGCAGACGGCACCCCGACCGGAUUGAUGGCAGCUGCGAAAGGGCAUGGCAAACAGGGUUUACGUGGUUCGGUGGGCAAUGAACCUCCAGUUUUGCGUGUUGAUUUGAAUCAGUUGGAGUCGUGGAUGUCUGAGGCGAAACGCAAAUUGGGUGAAUUUGAUGUGAUUGCCACCAAUGCGGAUUUAAAACGCUUGGAACAAACCAUUCAAGAUCUCAGUGAAGAAAUAUCUCAACGACGAUACAUUCUUGCCGCACUGGAUACACAAGUAGCCGUCAGUCUGUUAGAUCAGCCGAUAUCCGAAACCGAGUCGCUUCUCACACGGGCACAUUUUGCUGAUCUGGAAUCGGCUGUGGCCGCGGAACGGGAACAUGUACGUGCGGCUCGAUAUCAUUUGGAAGAUUUCAAAACCCAAGUUUCUCAUGCACAGGAUCUCCUAAGAGAUGAUUUCGUCAACGAGGUUCAGCAUCGCCGUGCGCAGAUCGAUCCACAUCGGAACAUUGGAUCUUAG